CAACCCUCCACACCCAGCGACUCAACACACAUUCACCCGCGCCCACACCGCCCGCGUUCACUGCCACGUGUUGCUAGUCUCUUUUUCACACAGUGCCAAAUCCAACUUUGUUUUUCUUAUAUUAUUUCGGUGAUUUUACGAGUGCAUUGUUUUGAGCGCCAGUGCCAGAACACAACUACACUACUGGAUUCUCGACGGAGUGCCACCACCUUCACCGCCUCCCUAACUAGGAUUGUGACGGUGCCAUGAGUAGAGGAGGGUGAAGGAGGAGCGACGAAAGAGGGUCUUAUACACAAAUGUACUUAACUGAACGUGUGGCCUGAACCAGGGAACGGGACACAAGUAUCGGCUAGGACCACAUAUUAAGAAGCCCAGGUGAACGUUCAGGAGCGAGGAUGCCUUCAAUCGGCGCGGGCAGUGUGGACAUUCGCUCCCUCUUGGGAAGUGUUCUAAACGCUUUCAAGACCAGAGCCAAUCAGAUAUGUGCGGCUACUUGCGACGGCCUCGUGCUCAGGAUGCACUAUCGGUGGACCUUCUGUCUCCUGCUGGGUACCUUCCUCACGGUGUGGUACUCGUGGUAUCACCGUGACGUCAUCACUUGUGUGUCACACUUCAACGCAGAAACACAGGUCCGCCUCGACUACAUCAACAUCUGCCUUUCGUACCCCUUCGUCGAGGAGGACGGAUCCAGACGAUAUUUACUCUUCUACAGAUGGAUAUCUUGGUCAUUCGCGUUCCUAGCUGCAGUGUAUUAUAUACCACGAAAGGUAUCCAAGAGCUUUGACAAUGCAAGAUGCAAGAAACUUUUGGAAGAUCUCGCUGCCAAUGCUCAUAGGUACGACCAAGCAGAGAGGGAGCUAGUGGAGAGAGCCGCGAGGUACAUUAUCUUCAACAUCAAGACUCACAAUGGAUUGUAUUGGAAAUUUCUCACUGUCAACAUUAUUGCCCUAUUAGUGGACCUUUUUGCUAUGCAGUUUCUCGACUUCCUGCUCCAGGGACGAUUUAUUCAGUACGGUAUCAAGUCCUACCCAUUCUCGAGGGACCCACACACCUUCACAGACUACAUAUCAAAAACUUUCCCUCCAUUCGCCUCUUGUGAGAUUGCUAAACAAAAUCAGCUGGUAAAUAAACGUACAGAGAUGUUCGGUUGUCACUUGACCAUCAUGGAGUUAUACGAAAAAUUGUUCUUGGGUCUAUGGGUGUGGCUCAUCAUGCUCACCUUUGUCACUUGUUGCUACAUCAUCUUCCUCUUCUUAAUGUGGCUUCCAUGUGUCCGAGUUUAUCUUCUCCGCGUCGCUAAGCCUGUCCACGCCAGCGAUAAAGUUAGAGGGGUUGUACAUGCAGUGACACAAAACUGUAAGAUUGGUGACAUAUAUCUCCUGUACCGCCUGAAGGGACACCUCAGCCAUGCCAGGUUCUACGAGCUGAUGGUCAGACUGUCUGAUCCCAACUUGUGCAACAAGCAGAUUCAACAGAGUGGGCCUGGGGUCAUGCCAGAGAGUAAGGACAAAGUUCCGCCGAAUAAACAGGCAGACACCCUAAGGCAACGACGACCCAACAUGCCCCAGGACCCACCAGUGAACCCUGAGUAUUUGCAUCAACUGUUGGCAGGCAACCCAGAGAUGAUGGGAAGACAUCCACAGCAUCCAGACCAACGCACUCCAUUACUCAAGACAAACACCAGCAUUCUCAUCGAAUAGUCAAACCCAGUGAUCUAUAAGUUACUACUGUGCUGAUGCUGCCAAGAGCUGGUGCUCUUCCAAGGGCUACACCUUCACCUUCAGACACUCUUGUCACCCCACCGAGACAUUUUUGUGCUACACUCGAGUCAAGUUUGUAGCUCAUAUGAUCUAACAAAUAACGUGUGGUUUCACAGUUCUACUUUCUGAUUUCAUCCUUGUGUGAAAAGCAGUGAUGUUGAACUUUUAUUUGUUAUGAUGUGCACAAAGCCCGAGUAUGGAUUCUCAAAGAUGACUAAGUUAUACUGGUUACACUGUGGUUAUCAGCGCAAUUAUAACGCCUUUCUCUUUAGUUCUUGAAGCUUUAGUUAGCCGACUAGAUGUGUCAUCACCUCUUUGGUUAAAAGAAAGAGGUUAAUGUAAUUACUAUAGGAACUUGGGCAAAAAACUCGUAAUGGGCUGACCUGAGCAACGGUGUGGACUGGAAAGGCUCACAAAUAGUUCAUAGAGAUAGGGACCAAAUCCUGUAUAAUCGACACAUCUUUCACUGUGGUCUGUAAACCCAACACUUGUGUGUGUGUGUUCAGCUCCCCGCACCACAACACCAUUCCCUGGAAGACUGCUCUGGAUGCUCACCAAAUCUAAUGAUCUCGUGGCACACCGGGGCAGCAUCUCUCAGCUAUAAGUAUUCUGGAGAGAUUACGGGCGAAGACAGGGUGAUUAUCGAUAAUUCUGCAUGGUCAUUGUGCUGAAAAUUUUAUGUCUCCUCAAUGCUCGAGGGAGGGACUAGUUUGUACAACUUCCGAUAGCAGUGGCGUUACAAUACAGUACUGCAUAUCAGGAAGGAAACAAAUUUCUAUGAAUAUGUUACAAGAGACUCGGCCAAGAGGAAAUUCACCGAUAGUAAUCAAGUGGAAAAAUAUAUAUUGUAGUGUGAAUCAACAAAAAGUAAUAAGGCAGAAACUUUAUGUAUAUGAAAAAUGAAUAUUAUAUAACAAUGUUAUUUAUUUUACUAUGAAGUGGUGAGUUAGAAAGUUCAUCAGCGUGAGCCAAUCUAGUUCACUGAAGGCAUUAAAGAAACUGUACAAUAGUUAGUCCUGAGUUAUUUCCGCUUCAGCCAUAAAGGAGGAGGGUGGUAUCAGCUCUCUACCCGCUCUCCUCCCCUCGUGUAAAGGAAGACUCUCCCGACCCUUGAUCUACACAACUCCCAGCCCUUUAUUUGUCAGUUGUUUUUAACUAGAGUAUCCAUCAGACAAUGUUCCCCCACAGCGUGUUCUUCUAAGUGGUCCAGCCACUACAGUACCUCUCACACCCACUACAGCGCCCCUCAAACCCAGUACAAUGCCCCUUCCACCAACUACAGUGCCCUUCAUACCCACUAUAGUGUCCCCUCACACCCUCCGUAACUAAGAGUCUCUGAACACUUUUGUCUCCCCAAGUUGGCUUACGGUAAACUUUCCAUCAUUUUCUUUAAAUUCUCUAAUAUGUUAAAGAAUUGAGAAGAAAACGGAGACGUUUUUUGUACUUUUCAUUCUUGACGAUGGUGUUGUUGAGUCUGUAUGUCUUCCCCCUCACUACUCACUUUUAGUGCUUUCAAGAAUAAAAAAAAGAAGCUUUUUUUCGGUUCAGUCGUUUACAGCGAGAAAAUAAACAGUGUUUAGCUAGAGAGAAACAUUGAACAAUAUCAUUAAUAAAAGACUGUGAUAUUUCCCUAAGUUUAAGUGAUAUUUUUUUAAGCUGGAAUCCUCUGUUGUAAUUAUUAUUGUUUUCUAGAUCCCAGUAAUGCCAAAUGUUAGUGUGUGUCUCUCCCUACCAUACACUUUGUUUUGAAGAUUCUAAGGAAUUGUCUACUUUGUACGAUCUUUGAAUAAAAACUUUUUUAACA